GAUUCUUUGCUGGCGCGCGUUCGCCCGUUCGCCAGUACCUACACGGCCAAGGUACCGAGCGCGCCGUCCGACGCCUCCUAAGCAGUCGCCUCUGUCAGUGCCGCUCCGAACUCGCCACGAUUAGCAGCGUCGCGAUUCGCGAAUUUAUUGCUCGUUACCUUUCGGCGCAUCGCGAUCGAGUGAUUAGCGAACCCGUAGCGCGCUACAAGUGUUUUAUAGUCGGCUGUCGGCUCCGCAUACAGUAAGAGCGCGCCAAUACUUGCGUAUCGUUAGUGACUGUCUACGCUGCGGCUUGGUGCGACUUGCUCUGGCUCUUUCUGUGAUACUUUGCGUCGUUAUAUUGUGUCAACCUGUAAUUGUGUGCUCCUGCCAACGACUCGUCGACUUUGGCCGAUUGGACGGCUGACUUUGUUGGAACGGCGCUCGCUCGCAGACCAGUCAAACGGCCAAGAUGAUGUCGACGCACGAGGACGUGGGCAUCGGGGAUUUCGUCCUGCUCGACGAGAUAAGCCACGAACGCGUUGUCGAGAAUCUCCGCGUCAGAUUCAAUGGAGGAAAAAUUUACACCUACAUUGGAGAAGUUUGCGUCAGUGUUAAUCCAUACAGGAGUACGAAUAUAUAUAAUUCCGAAUAUGUUGAAAAAUACAAAGAUAGAGAAAUGUUCGAGAAUCCACCGCAUAUAUUUGCGAUUGCGGACGCCGUACACAAGGAGAUGAAGCAGCAGGGCCGCGACACGUGCAUUGUCAUAAGCGGUGAAUCGGGAUCGGGCAAAACCGAGGCCAGCAAGAUCAUCAUGAAAUACAUCGCCGCUGUCACGAAUCUUGAAGGUCAACAGGAAAUAGAAAGAGUGAAAAAUAUCCUCAUACAAUCCAAUUCCAUCUUGGAGGCAUUUGGAAACGCUAAAACAACCAGAAACGAUAAUUCAUCAAGAUUCGGAAAGUAUAUGGAUAUCAAUUUCGAUUUCAAAGGCGAUCCGAUUGGGGGAGACGUCACAAAUUAUCUGCUGGAAAAAUCGAGAGUAGUUUAUCAACAAAAGGGUGAAAGGAAUUUUCAUUGUUUCUACCAGCUCAUCAAUGGCUGCAACGAAUCUGAUCUAAAGUCAAUGCGAUUAGUGAGAGACCCUUCGAGUUACAACUACAUUAAAAAUAGUUCGGGUAACAAUCAAACGACGUCGGUCGAUAAAAGCGAUUAUAAAGCAGUCGUUAAUGCCAUGUCCACACUUGGAUUUACGCAAAUGGAAAGUCAAACUAUCUGGAACAUCGUUGCUGGAGUACUGCACUUGGGUAACAUAACGUUCUCUCUUAAUGAAGAUAAAGUUAAUAUAAACGACGAUAAACCACUGAAAGAUGCGGCGCACUUGCUAGCCGUUGAUCCGUCAGAUCUUCGAGCGGCGCUUAUUCAAAGAGUAAUUGCCGCAGGCGGUGAAGUUAUGCAAAAGACUCAUACUUUGGUCGAAGCUGAGUAUGGACGAGACGCCUUGGCAAAGGCAGUUUAUGACAGAUUAUUCACCUGGAUAGUAUCUAGAAUAAAUGGGACGAUAAACGUAACUUCUAAUAAUCUUUAUAAACAUCAACGUUACCGUACUUUAAUCGGUGUAUUGGAUAUUUACGGUUUUGAAAUUUUUGAUUCAAACAGUUUUGAACAGUUUUGCAUUAAUUAUUGCAAUGAAAAACUGCAGCAACUUUUUAUCGAGCUGGUUUUGAAACAAGAACAAGAAGAAUACAAUAGAGAAGGUAUUGCUUGGCAAAAUAUCGAAUAUUUCAACAAUCAAAUCAUUUGCAGCCUCGUUGAACAAAGUCAUAAAGGAAUGAUUUCUAUUAUGGACGAAGCUUGUCUGAACGUUGGUAAAGUGACCGAUGAAAUGCUCCUAGAAGCUAUGGAUAAAAAGUUGGUAAAUCACCAUCAUUACACAUCUCGGCAAUUAAAACCGAUGGACAAAGAAUUAAAACACAAAACGCAAUUUAGAAUAAAACAUUACGCGGGUGAUGUUGUUUAUAAUAUAAGUGGAUUUUUGGACAAAAACAAAGACACUCUUUUUCAAGAUUUCAAACGUUUACUUUUUAAAAGUCGAAAUCCAAUAAUUGAAAAAAUGUGGCCUGAAGGCGCUCAAGAUAUUACAAAGACAACGAAACGACCGCUUACUGCUGGAACAUUGUUCAAAAACUCAAUGAUUGAACUUAUUAAGAAUCUGACUAGCAAAGAACCUUUUUAUGUGCGCUGCAUUAAACCAAAUGAAGUCAAGUCUCCUGUGGUAUUCGACGAGGAACGAGUAACCCAUCAAGUUAGAUAUCUUGGACUUGUAGAAAAUAUUUUAGUUAGGCGAGCUGGUUUCGCUUAUAGGCAACGUUACGACAAAUUCUUGAAAAGAUAUAAAAUGAUUUCUCAAUAUACGUGGCCCAACUUUCGAGGAAAAACUGCAAUGGAUGGCGUGAAAAUGAUGAUGGACGAUAAAGGUUUCUCAAACGAUGUUCAGUAUGGUCAUUCAAAAAUUUUUAUUCGUUCGCCAAGAACACUUUUUGCACUUGAAAAAGCCCGCAGUGACUUAAUUCCUAGCAUCGUAAUAUUGAUUCAAAAAACUGUACGUGGUUUCUUAGCUCGGCGAUAUUUCAGGCGACUUAAAGCUGCAUACGUUAUUGGUCAGUAUUAUCGUCAGUAUAAGAGACGAUCUUACAUCGUUGAUUUGAGAAAUACAUUCAUAGAUGCGAAGAAUAUGCGAGAUUAUGGUAAACGGCUUACAUGGCCCAAAGAAAAUUUCGCUGUGAGAUCAGUUGUGCCUUUGUUAAAAAUGAUGUAUGCUAGAUGGUACAGUUGGAUGAUACUCAGAAGGAUACCUAAAGAAGAUUGGCCACAAUUACGACUGAAGAUGUCAGCAGCGUCAGUAUUAAGAGGAAAACGUCAACAUUACGGACAAGACAGACGUUGGGAUGGUAACUACCUGUCGCAAUUCAGUGAAAAUUCGCACAAUGAUAUCUUUAAUACUUCGAUGAAUAAUUUGAAAAAUGCAGACCACUUUAAACAAAUUCUGUUCAGUGCCUUUAUUAAAAAAACCAACAAAUUUAACAAACAAGCCGACCGAGUUAUGGUUGUAACAGAGCAGGCUUUAUAUAAAUUAGAAAAUACUAAAUUUAAAAAUAUGAAAAAAGUUAUGAACAUAGCAGAAAUCACUGGUCUCAGCGUAUCCCCGGGAAAAGACCAAUUAAUUAUUAUUCACUCUAACCAUGGAAAUGAUGUUAUAGCUUCAAUUAUGACGACAGAAGAUAAAGUUGGAGAACUUGUUGGGAUUUUAAGCAAUUCGUAUUACAGUAUACGCAAAUCUGAUUUGCAAGUUACGGUUGAUGUAAAAUUCAAGUGCAUGCUUGGAAAUAAGCGAAAAAUUCUGAGAAUUGAAGUUGUUCCAGAAAUGACCGAGCCUGGUUUUAAGAAAGAUGGAGAUAAUAUUAUUUACGCAAUACCCCCGUCAGUCGGUAUCAUUGAUGACACAUCUAACAAUAAAACAAGAAUCAAAACAGUGGGCUAAUUGUUCGUCUUCGUAAUUGAUAGUUGUAGUAGAAAAUGUUGAAGAUAUUUAUAUAAAUAUCAUUUUUGUAAUAUAUGCCUGAAUAUUUUUUUUAAAAAAUUUUUAAAUAAUUAUUAUUUAUGAUUAAUUAGUAUAUUACUGUACAAGGAUACGUAUAGAGAUAAAAUUAAUUUUUAGAAUCUGUAUUUAUUUAUGAACAACGAAAAAUCCGUAUUAGUAAUAUUCCCACUAAUUUUUUUGAAUAUUACAAAAGUAACGUUUGAUGUUAUAUUUAAUAUGUUAAAAAAAUGACAAGUAUAACAUUAAGUUUAAAUACAAAAUAAAUAAAUUAUUCUCUUCUUGUUACAGAUACAUUUUUCUUGUCUUUUAAGAAUAAUUAUAAUGCAAAAAUAAGAGAUUCAAUACAUAUUGAUAUUUUCCUUAUUGUAAAUACAUUUUGUUGCGAAAAUUUUUAUCAUCAAGUAUGCAUCAAUUCUGUGAUUAUCACCGAACAUUUUUUGCUAUCUUGUAAUAUGUUUUAAAUUAAAGUACUUAACAUAUAUCUAUGACAAUACAUUGUAAAUUUGUGCCAUUAAACAAGAUGAAAGAAAGCUA